AUGAUGAAAAGGGGAGAUCCGGAUAGUAUCACAAAUUUGCUCUCAGAAGGUUUGCGUCUUGCAGUGGAAUAUGCAACCAAGUUGGAAUUGGUGAUUUCCGUCUCACUUCCUAUGGUUGGGGCAUUGAUAUCGCUCUGUUUCGAAGAAGCUUGUAACGGUUCCGUGAGAGGCGUCGACACAAUCGUCCAACAGGAUCUCCCCGUUGAUAUGACAAUUGUGAACUCGCAUAAAGACUUGAUGGAGCACUUUUUUGGUGUUUUGCGUGAACAUGUCAAUCAGUGGAUGAGUCACGCCCUAGGCCGUCUCUUCUCCGCUCCGCGUCUCGACCUGCCACUGGCUUUCAGCCUCGCGGUCAGUUUACCCUUUUCCGUGAGUGGCGCCCAACUGCACCAGAUCGUUGCGGCCAACCCUCGGGCUGCAAACAAGAUUCAGGUAAUCGCCUCAAUGAUAUUCAAGGCAGCCAACUAUUUCCCCGCUGAAGUCUCACAACAAAUGGCGGAAAAGGCUCAAUGCCUUUCUAUGAACGCUAAAUGGGACUCUGCUUUGCGUACAUAUGGAUUGCGCUUAAGCCGUCGUGAUCCUCAACCUGACGUUGUGCUUGGACAUUUACUGAAUAUUUUGCCUUCCCUCUGCCGCCAAUUUACUGUCACCACUCCGAUUUCGCUUGGCAGUGAAACUGCUUACUCCAAACCCCUGCCUCCCAUCAGUGAGAUAGUUGAAUUCUGCAAAGAUUUCCAUCAAGAUGUCCGAAAGGCUCUCCUCGAUCAUCUAGAGAUUCUUCUCCGGACAUUGUUCUCGCAAAAAUUCAGUGCAUCCGGUGUGGUCGAUGACCUUGCGAGUUUUAGGGAGUUUUCCAAAGCUAAAUUGAGUCGUGCAUCGGAUGUCCACAAAGCCCUCCUGCAAAUCGCGAUUUCGGACAGCAAUUUUAGAGAGGAGACUCUUGUCACCACUCUCAAGCGCAACUUGGCCUCAACCUCCCCAUACGACUACGAGCAGCUGUACUUUCUACUCGAUUGCAUUGGCUGCUACGAGGAUAUGGGUCAGGCUCCUAGGAUGUACGUCCUUCUAGACUUCCUCCAACAUUACAGUCUUAAGUCCACUCGAGAUGCAAUGUCUAGUCGGAGCGUAGCCGCAUCAAUCAAUGAGGAUUGGAAUCUGUCAGACAAUAUUCGCAUUGCGGUUGUGUCCAAUGGUCUCAAGACCCUGGGAAAAACGGGUCUUUUACGAUUAUCUCCCGGUAUCACCUUCUCAACUUUACCCGUUGGUGCCAAAUUCUUCAGCCACACUCUUGCUGCCGAUCGAGCAGCUGCAAAGGUGUGGGAGGAGGCGCUGGCCUGUAAACGCAUCAUACGCUCCUACCUGUCACGCGCCUAUCAUCUCUUGCUAACUGUGAAGGACAAGAUGAAACUUCUCAUGUUUCUAGGAGAGACGUUCUCGCAUUUUCAAGACGGCCCAAUUAAACUUAUGUUUUUAAAGAUGGCAGUACGUCUAAUUAAUGGCUGGGGAUUUCAAGAGAACAUCUCAAAUAGUGUGACGCACUCUCACUCAUCUUCCACCUUGUUCGCUGACGGAAGCACAGUCUCGUCUACGCGCUCCUCCGUGCAGGCUGGCGAACGUGUCUCCCAGUGCAUCAAAAGGGCUCUAGAGGAAGCCGAACUAUGUCGCCAGAAAUUGGCUAUCGAAGCUUGCCUCCAUCGCCAUUUUAUCAUUCGCUUUUGGCCUGACAUUCUCACCCGAGCCGCAUCUUCCUCAGUUCUCGUCGAUCUCUUGUUGAACAAGUCUUGCCUAGUUUACGGCUCGGACAGUCGCGAUCCGGUGGUGGCCUAUCACCGACGAGAGGAGGUUCUGGCGAUGCUAGCUGGCGCGUUGAGGGAGCUGCUCUCUCUGCAGGGUGUCAACUUCCACUCGUGGGCUCUUCAGGUGCUGUGGCAGCGUCUUCGCCUUCCAAAGUCCAUUCGUCCCCCCGAGGGAUCAGUGACCGAGUCCUCUGAUCACAGUGGCGGUGGGCCGGUUGACCUAAACGCCACAGCCAUCGUCUUUGAUCCUAACGGCUCGGUUCUUCUGCCUGGGGAAGAAGCUGAUCUUUCAUUCAAUACCACCAUUUCCUCGCCUAACACUUUUGAUAUCUGGAAGUCAGAGGGUCGUGGCGAGGUCGCUGAGCCAUCAGAGCGCGAUUUUGUGCUGGGGGAGGUCAUCAUCACAGCCGCUGCAACUGAGGGCGAUGGGGAUGACGAGAUACUUCGAAUUAUAGCUGAGUGGUGCCUAGUGCGUCCACUUUCCCCGGAAGUGCUACGGUCUCUCAGCCCGCAGGAGGUAAAGAAACGGUGGCGAGCUGUGCGAUUUAUCCUCCGUUGCCGCAAGUUGCCAUUCUCUGACCCCUCUGUAUCGCAGGUAGUCGAGUAUCUUCGUACUCUCGCUGAGAUCGCCAAACAGAAGUGA